GAGACUUUAUGACGAGCGAUUUUUAGGCGAUCUCACUCUUUACUACUACUAUGUAAAGUUAGUCGCAUAUCUCAGUUUCCAUAUCGUGUGAAUACUGGCUGCUGCGAUGCGGUUGGCGACAGCAGGAAACGACAUCAAGCUGUGGGACAGCAGUGACUACUCACUGCAGGAUGCCUUCAACCCUCACGCGUCGGACGUGGCCUGCGUCGACUGGAGUCGCGAUGGGUCCAGUCUCGCAUCAUCAUCAAAGUCUGGUGAAAAGCUGUUUUGUACACGGAUAGAUGGCGCCACUCCCACAUAUAGAGAAGUACCUGUUGCUGAGGGUCAGACGUGCGUUGCGUACAACUCGCUGUCUCGCUACCUGCUCAGCGGAGGUCGGAGUGGAGUCGUACACAUUUAUGACCUGAAGACAAGCGAGCUAAAGAAACGAUACGAGGGUCACAAGUCGGAGGUGACCUGCCUGCAGUUCAACCACAACGACCUGUAUGUCGCGGCCGGGGCAAGCAGUGGCGCCAUCAUCCUGUUUAACGUUGUCACUGGCGUUGCGUCUGCACCGCUCACGUCACCGAACACGCAGGCAGUCAGACGCCUGCAGUACAGUCACAUCAAGCGUUCGCUGCUGGCGUGCGUGAGUGACGACGGAGCGACGAGCCUGUGGGAUGUGAACGCGCGGCAGCAGCUGCACCGCUUCGCCGGCAGCCACCACGCGCCCGUCACCGACCUGUGCUUCUCCUCCGUCAACGAUCGGCUGCUCAUCAGCUCCGGCCUCGACAGUCGCGUGCUGCUCUACGACGUCAUCGACAAGAAGUAA